AUGUCUUGCACCGUCACUACGACUGUCAUCGCCACCAGUACCAUUGUUCACCAGCGCAUCACCCCCAGCGCCGUCACCACUGGCACUGACGCCUCCAGCAACAGUGGCACCUGCAAAAUAGUCAGCACAACCGUCGCUGUCAGCACCGUUAGUGCCGGCUCAGCACUGUCGCCCCUGUCACUGUCACUGCUGCCACCGAAGCAGCCACCACCACCACCACCACCACCACCACCACCACUGGUACUGCCACCACCAGCACCACUGUCGCCCGCCCUGCCACUACUGGCUCUGCCACCAUUACUCCACCUAGGGUGCUCACCACUCUUUGGUGUGUCGCUGCCACACAGCAUUUUGGAAGCCUGGUAUGCCGUCGACGAGGAAGCACACAACGGCUGCCCUUCAUUGCCGGAAGAUGAAGAUAACGUCUCAUGUGUAUGA